CGUCGGCCAAACAACAUGUCGCGUCGAGGCCAAUUGCUGCUUCUCGUCACAUUUGGUGUUCUGGCGGCUAGCUCGACGCUCGCAUACAUGAGCGGUUACCAGUGCGCGCCCUGCCGUCCGCCUGCAACUUUGCCUCAGCCGGGCUCGGGAGUAACACAGGAACUCGAUGCGCAAUUCGCAGGGUCGAGCGAUCGGCGUGUGGCUGCCGAGUUCGAGACAGAGUUGACAGAUUCGAGCGAGCGGCAACUCGAUCUCGACACUCGACUCGAAGCGAGCCUUGCAGAAAUUGAUAGACUCAAGCAGAAGAUGGAAGAAUUGACCAAAGAGCGAACUACAUUGAUGGAGCGAGUCCGGACUGCGUCGGCCAAUUUGCAGCGAUGCAAAUCCAGAGCGGAACUGGCAGCGCAGGAGCGCUGUGCGAACGACCAACGACCUGCCAUGCAACCUGCAACGGUGGACGAAUCGGCUGCAAAGGCUGCGGCAUCAACCUUUCUCAAUCAAACGAGCGUUAUCCUGAUGGCCAGCAAGCCAGAAAUCGCAUCAGCUGGAGCAACAGCAGACCCAGUUGCAAACAUUCUGAUUCUCACGCCGCUGAAGAAUGCCGAGUUGCACAUUGAGAGCUAUCUGAGCAAGUUGGAUCGACUCGAUUACCCAAAGACCCAUAUCAGCAUUGGCCUGCUGGUGAGCGACAGCCAGGAUGGCACGUUUGACCUCGUUCAGAGCCUGCUCCCAGAGCUGCAGUCCAAAUAUCGCAGCGUUCGGCUCGUGCGAAAGGACUUUAACUUUCGGCUCGGGCAGCAGGAGCGUCACGAGUACGUGGUACAGCCCCACCGAAGGGCGAUUCUGGCCCAGUCCCGGAACAUUCUUCUUGCAACCUGCUUGCGGGACGAGCGGUGGGUGUUGUGGCUCGACAGCGACCUGCACUUUUUCCCGUCCAACCUCAUCCAGCAACUGCUUCAGCCCGAAAAGCCCAUUGUCGUGGCAAACGUGGUGCUUGCGCUCGGUGGCGGCGUGUAUGAUCUCAAUUCGUGGCAACAAACGCCCGAAUCACUCGCCUAUGAGGAGAAGCUGCCUCGCGACCAACUGCUCCUUGAAGGGUAUGAAACAUCAAUGUCUCCUCCGCGAGGCAUCAACUUCUUUCGAGACAACCCCGACUUUGGCGAUGGGCAAGCAACAGUCGAGCUGGAUGCGGUCGGUGCUGGCGCUCUGCUCGUCCAUGCAGAUCUGCACCGAUACGGCCUCAACUUUCCGUCGUAUCCCUUUCGACACCGCAUCGAAAGUGAAGGGCUUGGCCAGAUGGCCGUUGCCAUGGGGUAUCGUCCCCACGGCCUUCCCCAUCUCGAAGUUGUCCAUUUGUAGAUGUUUCUGUUGUUUGAGUUAUCUCCGUUGUUAGCGACCCAAUCUUAG